AUGGAGAAAUUAUUGAUAUUCGUCUUUGUGUUUACUCUCUCUUUGUUCAGCGUAAUAAGUCAUUCUCACACCGCAUUUAAUGUGCUUGACUAUGGCGCAGUUGGUAAUGGUCGAACUGAUGAUACCCAUGCUUUUUCGAGAGCGUGGGAAGCAACAUGCAUGUCAUCAUCGUCUUCUUCGACCAUGGAUGUUCCUUCGGGGAAGACAUUCUUGAUCAAUUAUUUACACUUCCAUGGCCCUUGCAAUAAAAAAUCGAUUAAUAUUAAGAUAAAUGGAAAUAUAAUUGCACCAAGUGAACCAUCGGUGUGGAGAUGCGAAAAUAAUAACUGCCAUAACUGGAUGGAUUUUAGACACGUUGAUAAUCUGUCCAUACGUGGAAAUGGUGUAAUAACUGGCGAUGGAGAUAAAUGGUGGCACACUAGUGAGCUUCACUCGAGGCCAAAUGCUUUAAAGAUAUCAUCCGCUAACAAUGUUACUCUAAGUGGUCUUACCUUUAAGGAUAUUCCUCAUAUGCAUGUCAUCCUGGAUUCCUUAACAUCAGUUCAUGUCUCGAAUAUAACAAUCGAUAGUCCAGGAGAUAGUCCAAACACCGAUGGCAUCCACAUUACAGGGUCGACUAAUGUUGUCGUCGAUCAUUGCCGUAUUGGAACAGGCGAUGAUUGCAUUUCCAUAGUAUCUGGAACAUCAAAUGUGAAGAUUAGCAACAUCGUAUGUGGACCUGGGCAUGGCAUAAGCGUUGGAAGUUUAGGCAAGAAUGGAAACCAUGACAUAGUCGAAAAUGUGGAAGUUAGCAAUGUUGUAUUCAUACGAACCAUGAAUGGUGCCAGAAUAAAGACAUGGCAGGGAGGCAGUGGAUUUGCUAGAAACAUGGUCUUCGAGAAAAUCUUGAGUCACGAAUCAAGCAGAAUCAUCGACAUUGAUCAAUUCUACUGUGAUCACAUGCAUUGCGUAACACAAGAAUCAGCACUAAAAGUUAGCAACAUCACCUUUAGACAAAUACUAGGAACCUCGUCAAAGCACACUGCAGUCAAUUUAGAAUGCAGUUCGUCCGUUCCAUGUACAGAUAUAGUUCUCGACGACAUUUACAUUGUACAGAACGACAAACAAAGAGCUUCAGUUGCGUGUAACAAUGCUUAUGGAAGAGUACAAGGAAUGAACGUUCCUGAUAUACGUUGCUUAAAUCAAAUGUAGAUUUUUAGUAUAUAGUGUGACGGCUGAAAUAUUGAUUAGUGUCUAUUAGCUAAAUUAAUAGGCCUCAAAAUACUUGAUUUAAAAGCUUAAAUUUUUAGAGAA